AUGAUGAAAAAACGUAAGCAAUCAACGUUUUCACAAAAGUCCAAAGCUGGAGGCUUUGGACAGUAUUGUUGUGGCUUGAAGAAUAAGCUCUGUCAAGAAUUUUACGAGUUAUGGGACGAAUUAGCAGAUCGAGAUCAAAUGCAGUUCAAAUGGCCCACGAACACUCCAUUGGAAGUUCAUGAGCUGGUAGGAGCGGAACGUUUCGACAACAGCUCAGGCAAAUAUCAGAUGCCAUUCUUCUGGAAAAGCUCCGGAAUCUCAGCCACGCCGUCAUGGGCUCUGCUAGUGCUACUAAUCGAAUGUGGCUUUGGGUUUAUUUGUUUCGUUCUCAACGUCAUUCAUUAUCUCCUAGCCUUCCCUGAGUGCGAUGAGACAGGUGUACCGUUUUUCAUAUUUUUCAUCACAAUGGCUCAGUAUUCCAUUUUUUAUUCAUUCAAAGCUCUUUUCUUGAUCUCAAUUUUGGAGAGACGAUCGAAAUUAUUACGAAUCCAAUUGUUAUUUCAAUACACUACUUGUGUAUUUCUACUGUUAGACGCAGCUUUCGCUUUAGCUGCAGAUCUGGGUGGAUAUCAUGAAGAGAAUAUUUAUUGCCAAAAGAAUCCACCGCUGAUUCGAUUAGUGGCCAUUCUAUCCCUCAUUUUCUUAUUCGUUCAGCUUUACUUACGUGUUAUGACAGUUCAAGUUUAUAACUUCAUAUCAGAUAAUAGAAAAUUCAAACUGGCUCUGGCUAACUCUAAAUCAAGAUAUCGUAAACGUGUAUAUUUUACUUAUUGUGCCAUUUCACAAGAAGAUCUCAAAAAAGAAAAAGCUGAGAAAAAGUGUGUAUCUAACAUAUCCAGGAUACGUGAGAAGCAAGAAGAGGCGUUCAAAAGAAUUCAAAAAGAUAACAAUAUCACGAGGAUAUACAUUCCUGUAGGUGAUGAUAUUCAACGAGUUCAACACACGUCACAAAUACUAUCUCCUCUUCAAUAUGAAAGAUAUAAUAGCAGUUCGUAUUUGGGGAAGCGAAAACCAAAUCAACGACUGAAAAGAAAGCCUAAACGGUUGAAAGCCGACGAUGACAGAGAGCUAUCAGCUCCUUUGAUUUCAUCAUCAUCGUCUUCUCCGAUUCCUAAAAGAUCUAUAACGAAGUCUUCUACCCCUAAUGGAAUACUUCCAAAGCCAUAUGGACAGCCUGUGGCAAUAAAGAUAAACGACGAUUUUGUGGAAGUGAGAAGUCUUGAUGAAACAGUGAGCGAAGUCUGA